AAGCCGUGCGACUGGUUCGGUGUACAAGAUCCGCAAUAAUAGAUCUGCUCUUCAUCUGAAACAAUGUGUAGCGAACGAGAUGGAAGAGACAAACAGAUCUAGAACAGAAGCUCGAUCAGUGUUGCAGGGCGGAUCGCCAGAAGAGAUGCAUACCGAUUUAGAUGGCCAAGAAAAUAUUCUGAGACAAAAUAUGGACACGGAAGAAACGAGGACAAUCGCUUCUCCAAUGCUGCAGCCGAUAAUUAGCUCCGUCUCUAAUGGCCACGAAGAUAUUUUGUCCGAUGAUCAAGAUUAUAGUGAGCAGGAUGAAUCAUUCGAACAAAUUUCCGACGAUUUAUCUUUCCGAGAAGAGCUUCGAUCGUGGGCGUUAUCAACGAACCAAACGCAUCAUGCCCUAAAUUCGCUUUUGGAAAUUUUGCAUAAAAAAACUGAUUUUCCACUACCGAAAGACGCCAGAACGUUAAUGCGUACACCGACCAAUACAGCCGCUUGUAUUUCUACAAUUGAAGGUGGUCGUUUCUGGUAUCAUGGCAUCAGCAAUUGUCUACAGGAAUAUUUCAGGUAA